AUGUCGGCUUGCACGGGGAAAAUGGUUGGCUUUGGUCCAGGCCUGGGGCUCCAGGAGGCUUUGAAGUACCUGAACCCCAGGGGCAAGUUGUUUGGCCUGGACGUCUCAGAGUACAUGCACAAGGUGUGCUGGGAGCGUCUGGGCCCUCAGCUGGCUUCGGGGAAGGUCCACCUGCUCCAGGGCAGGGUGGAGUGUAUUCCCCUCCCGGACAACUGCAUUGACAGAGUCUUCCACUCCAACUGCCAUCUCUACUGGCCGGACAUGGCCAUCGCCACCGCCGAACUGCUCCGUGUCAUGAGGCCAGGAGCGAGGAUGUUGGCAACGUGUGACCUGGGCUUCCUGCGUCAUGGUGUGACGCAGGGCUUCUUCAAAGGUGAUAUGGUGGAGCCUGAGCCCUACAUGCAGGCCCUGAGGGCUGUGGGCUUCCUGGGGGUCAGCAUGGAGGACCUGAUGGACGAGGGAAAGAGCUUCCAGGUCAUCUAUGCUACCUCUCCACCUCCCUCCACCACCGAGACUCAGAACAGUUAG